AUGGUCAUUCAAGCAUGUACUCAAGGUUAUUCCAGCAAAGCACAACCGUCCUAUUCCGGAAAUCCUGAGAAUACAUCCAUCAUGCUGCUCACACUGUUUGAACUCUGGGUUGCACUUGACAAGCUGGUUGUCAAGUUGAUCCCUCUCCUCAUGGAGUACUCUCCAGAGGUCCCAGUUGCCAUAUUCAAUUGUCUUCUCCUUUGGAGGGCUGUCACCAUAGAUAUGUUGCUGGGCAUCACACCCACAAUACACUCUUGGUCUUCUCAGAUGUGGCAAAUAAAGACACAUUCGCAGUUCAUUAUUAUCACCAAUCCAAGCAGCUGCAGUCAUGCAAGCAGCGCAUUGAAGAUGAUGCAAAUGCAGAGUGUACAAAAUGAAUCACAGAUCUUCACAGCAAAUGUGACAGAUACUGGUGUCUCACAAAUGAAAUUGAUGCUCUCACAUGUGACUACUACACAAACUGGUGAGUGCGAGAAGUGGGAGGAGAGGGAUAGCCUUUCUGUUGAAGUUCAUGAAUGGCCACUUCCCAACUCUGUCUAUGAUGCAGCAGCAGUAGUAUUCGAGCUCAGUGCCCCAAUCACUUUCAAAAUGUGGCAAUCUUUCACCUUCCACUUUCUUUAUGACAUAUGCACCCCAACUUCACCACAGAUUCAAAGUGCUGACAUAUCCAAUAUUUGCACCUAUGUGCUGCCAAAAGGUCCAUAUCAUGGACUACAAUCCUACCUGUUGGAUACCCAGCACACCUCCAAUGAGGGCUUGGCUAACCAGGCCACGUGUCAUGCUGAGCUGACACUUCAUGAAUUCAUCGCUUUUUGGGGCCUCUGUAGUGGCAGCUUCCUGCAAUGGAUCAACAUCCUCUGUGAAUUGCGAGCAUGCACACUCACAUUUUGUGAUCCUGUGGUCCACCUGCUACUGCUCCAGGCUAGUUUGGAGGUAGGAAAGCUUUCAGCCGAUGGGUCUAGGGCAUGGCACAACGAACUGAAAGCCUCAGAAUUCAGACAUGCCCUUAUUGAUGAGCUCCAAAGCUUAAAAGUAAGCAUGGAAGCCAAUUGGCUGGAGGGCACAAUGAUGUCAAUGAUAUCCAUCCUGGUGUCCCGCCUUCUCUCAUCAACAGAGGAUUUUCAUGUCAUCAAGGGAUCAUACAAGUUACUGCAAGAUGUCCAAAAUACAACUUUCAGAUGGGUGCAAGAGCCAUCCAAAGCUGAUGCUCCAGAUGAAAAGUCCAGUCACAGACACCAAGUCCGCAUUCAUGAUAUGGCAGCAACUUGUCUCAGCACCUACAAUGUUGGCCCGGACAACAUCAUAGUACUCCUCCAAUCACCACAGGACUUGGAGAUCCUGGUGUACUGCUCUGUUACAGUGAUGGAUAACAGACCUAUUUCUGAAAUUACAUGGGAGAUGACCAAGAAGGUCUUGAUCGAGCAAUGGAGCAUCUUUGGCCUGCAUACCAGUGCCACAUGCGCUGGGAAAUGUGAAACAGUGCCUCUUGAUGAUUCAUCCCACCAAACCAUUCAUCUUUAUAUGUUGAUGGCUUGCCUAUUGGUUAAUGGCUCGCCAUUGACCAGGCUGCCAGAUCGCUUUUUGCAGCAUCCUAGCUAUAUCACCCUCUUUGGUCAUCAAGUGUUUGAUGUUUUCCCCACAAAGAUUCCCGGCAUGGAAUUUGUUGCUAAGGCCAUUAUACAUCACUUUAAAAUGCACAGCAGGGACAUUGUCAUUCAGUCACAACAUGAGGAUGGGGACCUCCUUGAGCUGAAACAUCCAGGGAAUCUUGAACUGGACAUCCCUGCAUUACUAGUCCAAGAUCAUGUACAUUGGCUUAACCUAUGCACUCAUAUGAUUGAAUUUCGUCCAAUAGAGAGACUGUGGGAGCCUUCUGGUGAGAACUGGCUAUUGCAAUUCAUGGAGGAUGGGCAGUCAGCUGCACAGCGGGGCCAAGCAACUUUGUUUGACAUUCAGAGUUGCACUUUUGGCAUGAUAGCAAAUACACUAGGCCCACUUGAAAACUCCCAAUACCUAAUUGUCACUAGUAGCAUGGAUGAAGUCAAGGUUGAACUCCCUCAGUUUGGACUCUCUUUCUUUAUAGACAAAGAUGGAGAAUUGCAUUCAUGGAACCAGAGGGGCAUGGUUGUCGACAAAGAUCAAUCCACUGGUACAAUGCUUGGACUUGUUAACCAGCUCAUUUUGCACCCAAAAGAUCAACAGACUUAUGGUGAUUGUCGUGUCAUCAUCCCCCAGGGGAAUGUGAUAGUAGAGCCCAGUGGUCAUCAUAUCCAGGUCACCAUCCAUGCUGGUCCUAAUCAUAACUCUGCUGCCUGA